GAAGACUCCAUAAAUUGAGUAGCAGUGAUGUUGUUGAACGUCUAGGUUCCACGUAGUUGAGGUGAAAUUUCCAUACGCCUAAUACAAACAUCAACUCGGCCGCACCGCCCCCGUGCGCUAUCUUCGGUAACACCGUAAAGCCAGUAGCUCGCUGCGUAAUACUCGGAGCUCGAAUAAGCUCAUUCUGCAACUCGACUGUGAACUCAGCUGACAUCCAUGGCAUGUUGAUGUCGUAGCAAAGGCCGCAAAGCUCACGAUUCGACGUCGACUGACCGCGACAGUCGUCGUCUGCAUUGAAUAGUUUAUCCUGGAUGCUGGGAAGCGCUCCUGAGUCUGAGACUGAGAGCGACCACUGACUCGGUCAGUGUGCAGGACAGGUGUGACUUUGAAUUUGUCACAAUUAGCACAGCAGUUAGCAGGUUAGCAGUGUCAAAACACAAGUCCAUUUUCGGAGAAUCAUAUCUCAUCUGAGAAAAAAAGUCUGAUAAUAUUCAUAGCGGAUUAUUCAAAUCAUCAUGGCUGCUGCAGCUGGAGCGGCUGCUGGAAACGAACCUCUGCAGAGAAAGGACUCGAAGAGUAUUUUACCUGAUGGUGUGUCUGUGUGGUUAAUCAGCUAAUACUUUGGGAUGCAGCUAGUGGCCCCUUGAUGUACAGUAGAUGAUGCCAUCUGAGCUCCAGGGAUUUUCAGCCAUCCUCCUGUAAUAGUUACCGGUAGUUAGUUGCUUUGUUCCAGCACCAAACACUGUCUGUGGUAUAUGUGGUAUAAAUAUACAUGUAGGACCUUAAUAAUGCAUGAAACGUUUCCUGACACCUGACCUAAUUGUUGUGAUGUGGUGAUGGGUCCCAAGAACCACAGAAAAUCUACACUUUAAAGCAUCAUGAGCAGAACAUUAUAAUUGAAGAAGUUGCUGUUUUUUGCAACUUUUGCACUGCCUUGAAGAUUCAUAGUGCAAAGAAACUGUAAAGUUGGUACAAUACUGGACAAUUUCAAAGCAGCAGGUGAAGACACACUACUGUUAUUCUUUUGCUUGAUCCAUAAUAUACACUUAGCUUUGUUAUAUGUUAGUCAGUGUCCAGCAGAUCGGCAGUUUGUGUACUUGUAUAGACUCAUUUAAACAUAGCACUGCAUGCCUCUAGUCCCAGCUCCUGAGUUUUGUGUGAUGUGACUGAAGACCCUUGUGACGAUACCAAGACCACCAUGCUUAUGACCUUGUGUUACAUCUAUCUCGUUCAUCUCUGGCCACGGUUCCAUCGCAGGCUCAAGGAGACUAUCCUCGGAACGGUCGAGAUGUACUCCGGCAGGGCCAGCGUUGCCUUCCGGAAGCUGGUACCAGCGAACAUCGCGGAGUGGGCGGAACUACCUCACCAGGCGUCCCUUCUGUGUGAGGCCCUGGAUCCCGAGAUGAAUACAAACGUCCUGGAGGAAGCCAGAGGCAAACAGAUGCUUAUCAUGGAACCAAAACAAUCUGUGGACUUGAGUUAUGACUGGACUUCAUUCAUUGGUUCAUCUACUCCGGCCCUCAAGGCACCCAUUCCUGUUGCCCCUGCCUCCCCCACCUCCUCCCUCUAUGUACUCCUGGAGGCAUCACCCCCUAAGAGAGAUCGAUACGGGCGCCUUGCACUUCGCAAGGUGCCACCAGACAGGGUUGUGAAAUUCUCAGACCUGACCACGCCUUUAGCUUGGAGGUCAGGGGAACCGUUUGGGAUCCUGGUCCAGGCUAGUAAAGAGAACUUCUCCAGGAUUGGUACUGCUUACCUGGAGGGCUACCUGGAGCUAGAUGAUGGGCUCCUGGUCAACCAACUCCUCACUGUGGAAGUGAAGGGUCAGCCAUUCAACCUUGUUGACAGCAGACUCAAAAUGGGUGAGAGCCCUUCAGGCACCAUGACCCCACCCAUCCCUGCAUCGCCUCACAAAGGUGGCAAACCCCAGCUCAACAGGCAGCCGCAUCAAUCGCUUCGUCGGAAGCACUCUUCAGAGUUCCUGCGCAAGAUAGAGGAGCAGAAGUUGAAGUCGUCCGGCUCGUGGUCCAGCACGGGAGAUGCUAAUGAGGACAGUGUUGGUGGCAGCCCAGUGGAUGUCACGUCGGCAUCGGAUGGUGUGUUCUUCCAGGCUGGUGAGGAAGGUGCUAACCUGUCCAACGGCAUCGGGAAGCUCUCAAGGUCCGGGAAGCACAAAGAUGAAAGGGAUCGCGCAAGGAGUAUGUCCAAUGAUAGCAAACCUCCAAACAUUCUUGUGUACACAGGAUCGGAGACAGAGGACGAGGUGUUCGCUGCGGUGCAAGCAGCCCUCCAACAUUGCCUAGAACAGGACAAAUACGUCAUCUAUCUUCUGAAACCCAACACGUUAUCACAGCCAUGGUCGGACAAUUGCGCCCUCGUGGUGCUGGCUGGGGAAGGAAACCUUCCAGAGGAAGUCACUUCUAAGUUCGUCUCCCACUUUCAGAACGGGGGACGCAUCCUGAAUUUUGGACUCCCGUUGUCCCUCGGAGAUGUGAGCUUCCAGGUUGGCGCCCCUACUGAGAAGGAAGUGGAAGCAACCUAUCAGGGUAUUGUGAAGUCUCAGCCAUACAGAGUGCAGGGUUUGAGUGGGCCCGGAAGGCUCCAUGUGAACGAUGGGGAGGGUGAUGAGAACACUCGUGUCAGCAUCUUGGCUCAGGACAGGAUACUACCCAUGGUGGUGAAGGCAUCGGAAAAGACAAAAGGAGGAAUGGCAAUAUUCUCACAAAUAUGCUUUCCUGAAGGUCACCUUGAGGGGACUCAAGAAGACAUGGCAAUAGACAUGUUAGUAAGGUUGGGUCUAGCUUGUGUCAGCUCCAAGACUACUAGCCAACAUAUCAUACAGCUCACACCAGCAUAUCUGCUAGGCAUCAAUCAGGCGAAUGAACGUUUCCUGAAAUCAGUGACGAGCCAGAAGGAUUCCUCCUCCAUUCUCCGAGGCACGCCCGUCUCUCUCCAUUUCAUCUACGAUCCAUCGGGGAUCAAACACGUCAGCCCGUCCCUCCUACCAGUCGUCAUAGGGCGCAAGGCCUUACCCAUGGGGUCGCUCUUUAGCUUUGACGUCUACCGCAACAACCUCCAGACAAGGAUUCUGGGUAAUGUGGUCCUGUAUGCAGAGGUAUUGCCAACGACGAUGGAUGUCUUUGAUGGAUUUAUGUUCAAAGUUCCAGAUAACAUUGGAUGUGUUUGCAUAGCAACAAGAAUGACAGGUGGAAAAGGGCGUGGUGGUAACAGAUGGUUAGCACCCAUCGGCUGUGCUAUGUUCUCUCUUCAUGUGCGCAUCCCAUUAAAAACCCAGCUAGCAGAGAAGCUUCCAUUCCUCCAGCACAUAGCAUCAGCAGCGGUGGUAGAAGCCAUCAGGUCACUCAAAGGUUAUGAGGACUUUGACCUGCGUCUGAAGUGGCCUAAUGAUAUCUACUAUGGCAGCAAACAGAAGCUGGGAGGGGUCAUUGUAAACUCAUCCUGCCUUGAUGGUGUCUUCCAUGCAGUAAUAGGUGUUGGUGUGAACGUCUCCAACAGCGUCCCCACGACAUGCAUCAAUGACCUCAUCCAUAGACACAAUGAGGAGAAACGUACCAGUCUCAAUCCUGUCUCAAUGGAGAUGGUCAUGGCUCGUAGCAUUACAGAGAUGGAGAAGAUGAUCGAUGCAUUUCAAGAGAAAGGAGUGGAUUCCUUCCUACCAGUCUACUAUAAGAGGUGGCUUCACAGCAAUGCCAAGAUCAAGCUUGAGAGCGAGGACGGUGACGAGGUGACGAUAACGGGACUGGACAAGACAGGUUUCCUGCAGGUCAAGAAGAAGGAUGGUUCUAUCCGCAGUGUCCAGCCUGACGGGAACACGUUUGAUAUGCUCAAGAACCUCAUCAGUAUGAAGCCUGGCAAGCACUGAGCUCAGCUCUGGGACCAGUUUCACAAAGCCUUUUUUCAAUGACCAAUGACAAAAAUCAGUGACAAAUCUGUUGACAACCAAUCAGAAGCAAGGAUUUCAGUAGCUUGUAACAAAAAUUGUCAUUUUUCACUGAUGACAAGUUUUGUGAAACAUCCCCUGGUCAAUCUAAUGUUUUUUCAUGCAGGAUGGUGUUUGUCAGCGCUGUUAGUAUAGGCCUACUGAUAUCUUUUAAAGCAAGUUCAGAUAUGGCGGAUAUUCCUCC